AUGGGCCCCUAUAUACCGCCUCCUCAUGCUGCUGCCAGGCCCCAAAUCGGCCAUGGGCCCCCGUACCGCCUCCUCACGCUGCUGCUGAGCCCACAGUGUGACCUGGGUCCCUGUACGGCCUCCCAUUGCUUCCACUCUGCCAUGUGCCACUUUGAAAUCUCCUCACACUCCUGCGGUUGUCCAUUUUUUGUCAUAGGUUGCUGGCAGAUUACAGGCCUCCCAUAGGUGCCACCAGGCCCCAAAUCGGCCAUGGGCCCCCGUACCGCCUGGUCAUGCUGCUGCUGCCAGAGCCCACAGUGGACCUGGGUCCCUGUGCUGUCUCCAUUGCUCCCCACACUCUGCCAUGUGCCACUUUGAGGUCUCCUCACACUGCUGGUGUGUUCAAAUUUUUUGACA